CCCCUGCGCUCCUCGAGCCACGCCGGAGGAGUGAGCUCCGAUCGGACGCCAUCCUCUCCGCUGCAGGCGUCGGGCUCGGAUCCGCCUGUUCCCCUCUCGCCGACCGGCCAUCUGGCCCUCGCGAUGAAGCUGUGAGCGACUUGUGGCGACUGCACGGCCUAUGUCUUGGUCGGACCUCCCUCCGGAGCUCCUAGGCCUUGUCCUCAAGCGCCUUCCAUCGCUAGCUGAUCGUGUUCGGCUGAGAGCAGUCUGCCACCCGUGGCGUUCCAAUGCUCUGUUGCAACCCCUACCUCCUCCGCUUCCAUGGCUCGCCCUCCUUGAUGGGACCUUCCUCAGCAUACCGGAUGGUGAAAUUAUCGAAAUGCCUAUGCCAGAUGAUGCUUUUUGCUAUGGCUCUGUAGACAACUGGCUCUUCCUUGUGCAUAGUGAUGGUCAGUGCUCACUGAUGAACCCUUUUUCUGAGGACACCCUGAAGCUUCCUGACCUAUCAACUGGUUGGCAUAUACGGUUGCCUGGUUGCCCUGAGUUCAAUCCCGUUUUCUGCAAGUUAUCGGUUCCCUCACCCCUGGAGUCGUCACUGAAUCCGCUCGUUGCUAUCAUGCAUGAGUCGUGGGGUCUUUGUAUUUUCCAGCCACCUGUUGUCACUGACACAAUCCAAGGAAGGGAACCAUUAGAGGCCCUUUUAGAGAUUUCAUUCUUUGGUGGAAAGUUGUUUGCAAUUGAUAGCUCCAGGAAGCUCUUAAACAUUGAACUUGUCGAGGACCUUGAACAUAAGCCAAAGAUCUCAUUGUUCAAAUGCAUCAUUGAGUCCUCUGAUGAUUUGUUGAGCAGGCCUGAAUCCAUGUCCAGUGAUGAGGAGUAUAUAGUCAAGCCAUACCUUGUUGAAUGUGCUGGUAAAUUGUUGAUGGUGAACCGAUGGAUUUGCGGCUUACACCCUGCACCGUGUAUUGAUUAUGAUCGUACUCGUAAGUUUGAUGUUUUUGAGGCAGAUUUCAUCACCAAGCCUUGUCGGUGGAGAAGGGUCAACGAUUUGGGUGGCCAUGCGCUCUUUGUCAGCUCCAGUUCCUCCAAAUCUUUUCCAGCUGGAGAAUGCAGUGGAGUUCAAGAAAAUUGCAUCUAUUUCAUGAGUGAGCUUUCUGGGUUGAAACUUGUUGCAGAUCCUCUUCAUGACUCUGGUGUGUACAACAUGAAAAAUGGAGUUACCAUUCCUUUGCUGUCAGAUACAUCAGCUGUGCCAUUGCCAUCAUAUCAUGUUGGUCCAUGCCGUCUGACAUGGCUUUUCGCAACUCAAGCUCUGUGAAAUGUGAUACGCUGCCCAAUAUAAGUUUCCUUUGCUGUUUUGGCAUUCUU